GUGAACACAGCGACAUUCGUCUGAUCAUCGUUAUGGCGACGAUAGGAAAGUUUUUCCGCGCUUUUGGAUCAUGUUUGAAAAACGAUUUACUUCUAGUUUUCAUCAUAACAGGCGUUCUAUUGGGCUUUUUGGUAGGAGCCUUAGUAAAUGACCCGGUUCAAGAAAGCUCAAAUCCAAAAGAAAUUAUCAUGUAUAUUUCAUUUCCUGGUGAAAUUCUAAUGCGUAUGUUGAAAAUGGUUAUAUUGCCAUUAAUUGUAUCCAGUCUGAUUGUUGCGCUUGCUGUACUUGACGCCAAGGCUGCUGGUCGCUUAGGCCGAAGGGCCUUGAUUUAUUAUUUAACGACUACCAUAUUGGCCGUCAUUUUGGGGAUAAUCUUGGUGGUCAGCAUCAAGCCGGGCGAAGGUAAAGGUGAUAAGAAAGGAACAGAAUCAAAACAUGUUGAACCAGUAGACUCUCUACUUGAUCUUAUCAGAAAUUGUUUCCCAGACAAUCUGGUUUCCUCAGCAUUUGUUUCGGUGGAAACACAAUACAAAGAGGUGGACGAAAAAGUUUAUUUCGUGAAUAAAUCAGUGACCGAUCUGAUGACGUCACCGGAGAACAUGUCCUCAUUCUUAUCUUCAAACAUGAUCAAUCCUUGGAGCAUUAGUUCACAGCAAGGGCAAGUGAAAGUUAUAAAGACAGAGACAAAAUAUGUGUAUGAUGGGAUCAGGUCUUCUCAAAAAAUGAAUGUUCUUGGCAUUGUGUGCUUUUCUGUGGCGUUCGGUGCAAUUCUCAGUGGCAUGGGUGAGACUGGGCGACCUAUGACUGUAUUCUUCACAGUUCUUCUGGAGGUUAUCAUGAGACUUGUAACGCUGAUUAUCUGGUACUCCCCAAUUGGUAUUUGCAGUUUAAUAGCUGGUAAAGUUGCAUCAAUGGAAAGUAUAAGUGAUGUACUUACAAAGCUUGGUCUUUACAUGGCCACAGUUAUUACAGGCCUUGUUAUACACGGUGUUAUUGUGCUACCGCUGGCCUACUUUAUCUUUACACGCAAAAAUCCAUUUAAGUUUAUACUUGGUCUAAGAGCUGCUCUUUUUACUGCGUUUGGAACCAGUUCGAGUUCAGCCACAUUGCCAGUGACAUUCAAAUGCCUCGAGGAGAACAAUAACAUUGACCAGCGUGUCUCCAGAUUUGUCCUUCCUAUUGGCGCCACUGUAAACAUGGAUGGAACCGCGUUAUAUGAAGCUGUGGCUGCUAUAUUCAUAGCGCAAUUGAACAAUAUUGAACUAUCGUUUGGAGAGAUUGUUAUCACUUGCAUUACAGCAACCGCUGCAUCGGUUGGAGCCGCUGGUGUUCCUCAAGCAGGCUUGGUUACUAUGCUGAUUGUACUACAGGCUGUUGGUCUGCCGGUCAAUGACGUCAGCCUCAUCGUAGCUGUUGAUUGGUUCCUAGAUCGAGUUCGAACGACCGUGAACGUCUUAGGAGACUCAUUCGGGGCAGGGAUUGUUCAACAUCUUUCUCGUGGUGAGUUAAUUGCCAGCCACAAUUAUACGGAAGAAGGCCUAUCUAAUGGUGAUACCACAGCAGUGAAAGACGACCUUCAAAAUGGUGAAAAACCUGGUGCAAUUUAUGCAAACUUCGAUGAUGACUCGGAAACACGUUUCUAAGUUUUGACACACGAACGAUUUUACUGUACAGUGUAUUCCAUUAUUUAAAUCUACUAUAUUUUACUCCAUUAUUUUACGACUGUGCAUGUUUUAACGUAUUCACUAAAAUAUAUACUGUGUGUUAUCAGCGCAUGAAUUAUUUGACAAAAAAAUAAUGUGACGCUAAAUUAAUGGAGCGGGGAGGAAGACUUAAUCGCAUUCAAAAGUGAUUGCGGUAUAUGCCUUUAUUUUGCCGUGUGAUUUUGUAGCAUUUCACUUGACUUGGUGAUAGACUUAUAUUCGAAACAGAGAUUCGACACUAAUUUUAAAAUUUUGGCGUUUGGCAAAAACCUGACUAGCCUCGCGUGCCUCGCAACAGUCCUCUUGCUCUUUCUCGGCUAGGUCUAUCACUUGAUUAUUGUUAUUAUUCUUAUUAUUAUAUUAUUUAAUCAUCAUCAUCACCUUCUUGAUGAAUAAUGAUUGAUUCGUGUGCAUAGUCUAUAAUAAUAGAUAUAUUUCAUUUUAUAACGGCAAUUAUUCUAUGGUAAUUACGUUGUAUUUAAAUAAACUAACGCAAUGUAAAUUCAAAUAUGCACUAAAAUUAUCACUAUAUAUUGUAUUGGUGUGGCAUGAACUAAAAAUAUAUGUAUUAAAUUCGCAUAAUUCGA